CGAUACCACGACACUCGCGCGGCACUCUUCGGCCUGGUAACAUCGGUCAAUUUUUAUUAUUCGCGUUGUGAAAUAAUAAUACAUAACACAUCAUACAACAAAUCAACCAUGUGCUUAAUAUUUUGUAAAUCAAUUUAUUCAUUUUAUUAUUUUUUUUAAAUUAUACAAAUCAAUUUGUUUUCUAUUUUUUUUUUUUCUUUCUUUGAUUUGAUUUUUUAAUUGUUAAAAUUACAAGUUGGUUUUUGUUGAUUUGAGUUUAUCAAAGUCAGGAAAAUAGUGGUAUAUUUACAGUGACAGUUAAAUUCGAAAAUAAAUACGUGUUACUUUAUUUUAUCGAGUUCUCGUCACGUAUAGAUCGAAAAACGACGAAAAAUUUUCAAAUCAAGUACUACGUGGUGUGGAAAAAUAUCAAGUAAAAUUUUACGAAUGUGAAAAAACCAAGUGGUGGCUUGUUAAGAGUGACAGUGCGCAAUAUUUACAAGUGGAUAAAAAAUAUAUAAUAAUGAUAAAAUAAAGCCUUGAAUAUAUGAAAAAUUGAAAAUAGAAAAAAUUGAAAAACACUCAACUUGAAAAUACAAUCAAUUUUUUCUUUUGAAAAAAAAAUUCUCAUUUGAUUUUUAGUUGUUUGUUUGAAUAUUUUUUUUGCUUAAAUUGAGGAAAAAUUUUAGAGAUCAAAGUAAAAUAUUGUAAUUUAGUAAACACGUGUGUUUUAAUUCGAAAAAGUUUUAGGAAUUUGAAAUUAAAAAUUUUAGGACUAAUCAAUAAUUCAACAAAUGUAAUUGACGGAAUUGGAUCAUGGCCUCAGUUUUAUCCUGGAUUUCUAUAUGAUACAACUGAUUUCGAGUGAUACAAUUAUUUGAAAUAUAAAAUGGAAAUAAUGCAGCAUCUUUUUAUCUUGAUUUGCUUGGUUGGAAUGGUUUGCAGUGACACAAGCACAGUAGGCAACAGUUUUUCGACUGAAAUUUUCGAUGACAAUGAAUCACUUGCCCAGAAUUCAACAUGGAGUGAAUGGUCAGCAUGGUCAAAGUGGUCUGGAUGUUCAAGGAGUUGUGGAGGUGGUCUAUCCCGUCAACAUAGAAGAUGCAAAAAAAAACCAUGCAAAGGAAAAACUGGAAGUACAAAAUACAAAAUAUGCAACAGUCAGCCAUGUCACGACUUGAGUGAUUUUCGAGGUGAACAAUGUGCAUCCUUUGACAAUGUACCUUACAGUGGACAAUUGUUAAAAUGGUAUCCUUACUAUGAUUCAACAAGACCAUGCUCUUUGAUUUGUCGUGGAAUACAGACAUACAGAUCUUUAGCAUCAUCGUUAAGUUCACUUCGUCCAAUGCAACGUUUAAUACUCAUUGCAAAUGAAACAGCCAACAAAAUUGAUGGUGGACUAACAAGUGGUUCUUUGAUUGAUAAUAACGAUGAAGAUCUUGAUUCAGAUGAAACAAUUGUCGUUCAACUUGCUGAAAAAGUUAUUGAUGGUACCAAAUGUAAUAAUGAUCCAGAUAGUUUUGAUGUUUGUAUUGGUGGUAAUUGCAUGAAAGUUGGAUGUGAUGAAAAAGUUGGAAGUAACAAGACAUUUGAUUCAUGUGGUAUUUGUGGUGGAAAUAGUACGUCAUGUCAACGAAAAUAUGCUUGGACACUUGCAACAAUAUCAGCAUGUUCAAAAUCAUGUGGAGGUGGCAUGAAGAUGACUAUGGCAAUUUGCCAAUCUACACAUGGCGAAAUGGUCGUGGAAGAUGUUAAUUGUGAUGCUAAAGAAAAACCGAUGGAAACACUUUUGCCAUGUAACACGCAUGACUGCGAAACCAAAUGGUUGACUAGUGAAUGGGGUAAAUGUAGUGCAACAUGUGGUGGUGGAGUUAAAACAAGAUCGGUUUUUUGUACCGAAGAAUAUGCAAAUAAAACAACCAAGCUACCGGAUCGAAGAUGCAUUGCCAGUCGUAGGCCGAGAAAUCAAAAAAAUUGUAACAUAAUAUCUUGUCCAAUGUGGGAAACUAGUGAAUGGAGUCAGUGUUCAGCAACAUGCGGAUUUGCAACAAGAACAAGAACAAUUGAAUGCAGAGAUGGUGAAGGAAGAUUAUCAUCUGAUUGUGAUCCAACUGAACGACCAGGCAACGAACAAGAGUGCAAAACCAGCACUUGUCCAGGAUUUUCUGGUGAUAAAUUUGAUCCAACAAUCCAAUCCUCAGAAUCACCACCAACACCAGAAAAAUUAAUUGCCGAAGAAAUGCCUUCAAAACCAACAUUUAUCGUUGAUAAUUGGUCAACAUGCAGUGCAACAUGUGGUGAGGGUAUACGUCAUCGUGAUGUACACUGUAAAAUAUUUCUCGAAUUUAGUAGAACAAUGGCAAAAUUACCAGAUCAUCAAUGUGCUGGUACAAAACCACAAGCAACUGAACGUUGUAUGCUUAGACAAUGUGAACAAGAUGAAAAUAAUUAUUCAUAUGGUAUUGAUACUGUUCGUGAUAGCGGCUAUGAAGAUACAAAUUUAAUGGAUUCAUAUAAAUUAUCUGGUCUAAGUGGUGCUGGUGCUGGUGGUGAUUACGACAGUGGUGUUAAAGUUGCACCAGGUAGUUCUGGACAAACAACAUAUUCAUGGAAAGAAGGUGGCUACAGUGCAUGCUCAGCAUCAUGUCUUGGAGGUGUUCAGGAUUUGAUAAUUAAUUGUGUCAGUGAUGAUACUGGUAAAACUGUUAUACCAUUACUUUGUACUGCUGAAACAAAACCAGAAUCGAGAGUUAGAACUUGCAAUGAUCAUGCUUGUCCACCAAGAUGGAAUUAUAGUGAUUUUGGUGCAUGCAAUAGUGAAUGUGGUAUUGGUAUGCAAACAAGAGACGUCACUUGCAUUCAUGAAGUUGCAAGGGGACCAGGUAACACGGUUGUUGUAUCAAGCCACAUGUGUCCAACACCAGCACCAGUAGACAGACAGCAUUGCAAUGUGUGGGAUUGUCCACCUAAAUGGCAGCCUGGUGAAUGGAGCAAGUGUUCAAAAAGUUGUGGUAAUGGUGUUAAAAGACGUGAAGUUGUUUGUGAACAAAUAAUGGCACAAGGACACAGACAAAAUGUUGCUGAUCGUGAAUGUCAAGGACCAAAACCACCAGCUGAUAAACCAUGCAACACAAGAUCAUGUCAUGAAAAUGGAAAUUCAAAUAGUCAUUCAAUAAUAUCAAGUGAAAAUUCAACAUACAUACAAAAAGAUCCAGAAAAUAAAGUUGAAUUAAAAAUUGGAAUGACUGCAACAGUAUUUCAAGGAAUAACAUCAAUCAAAAUUCGUUGUCCAGUUAAAAAAUUCCACAAAGCACAAAUUACAUGGACAAAAGACAGAGCAGAAAUACGUAAAUCGAAAAAAUACAAAAUUAAUAAAAAAGGAACAUUGAGAAUAAUUGACAUUCAAUUCACGGAUGCUGGAGUUUAUGGCUGCAUUGCUGGUCAAGCACACUCUGAAACUCAUUUAACAGUGAAGCAUCGUACGAGAGAUCAAAUGAGCAGUGAAGAAAUAUUAAGAUCUGGUAAUAAUGUUCAACAUCGUCAUGAUGUUAACCUAGACUCUGGUUCACCAAGUUCCGGUGAAAAUUUACAAAUUGAUAGAGCUGCACCAGCAUAUCAGGGUACAUUUGCACUUGGAAAUGAUGAUUUGAGUCAUGAAUCACGUCCGGAAAUUCAAUUAUCUGGUAAGACAACUAAAAAACCACGUAAUAAAAAAUUACGUCCACGACCGAGUCCUUCAUCAGCAGACUCAACAUCAAAUGGAGAAUAUCCAGUCACAUCAAUUCAUAAGUCUGGCUAUCAGGAAUCAGUGGAAUCCACUGCAGCCUCCAGUGGUUCUCGUCUUAUGCCACAUUUUACCCAACUAAUAACAGCCUUGAAGUCAUAUUGGCCAUUCACCAAGAACGCCCAUGCACAAAAAAGAAAUCACCGAACAACACCAAUAAAACAACAUAAUCCUCACCGUCACAAAUCUUCAUCGGACAGCUAUAAUUUUGAUAAAAUGGACAACAAUUUAAAGUACAACAGUGCUGACAAUGACAUGGGUAUGUUUGGCCACAACACAGUGAUACCUGAUGAAAAAUUUGGACCAGAUGAAGAGCGAAUAUUCAUCGAUGAUGAUCCAUAUGAUUUAGACACUGUUGUUCUUUCAAUUGAUCAGCUAGAAGCACUCGAACAUUCAAAAUCAAUAAUUGAAAAUGCAAAAACAACAACAACAACACAAAAAUCAACUGAAAAUGAAUUUGAAUAUUCUUUAAAAAAUAUUAAAACGAAUGAUAUUCAUGAUAAUUAUCUUCGAAGUCAAAGAGGUACAAAUAUAGAAAAUAAAAUUGAUAAUACAACAACAACAACAUCAACAACAACAGAAAAAUUAACUGAUGUAUCAAUUGAAAAAUCAAAAAAUGAUACAUUAAUUAUUUCAACAUCAACUCAAUCAUCAAAUGAUGAAAAUAAAUUAACAACUGAAAAUAAAAAUACUCCAACAAUUCCAACAACAAUAAUUGAUGAAUUGCAUAUUGAUAAAAAGCCAACAGAUCAAAUUAAUGAAAACCCAAAAAUAUUAUCAACAACAUCAACAAUAAAUUUAUCAAAAAAUGAUGACGAUAAAAUAUUUGAUUCGGGCAGUGAAAUGGAACAAAUUGAGGAUUCAUAUGAGAGUGAAUUGAUAAAAUAUAAAUUAAAUAAUAACAUGACAAAUAAUUUAAAUAAUAAAACUUUGAUUAUAAAUAAUAUGGAAAAAAAAAAUAAUGAAAAUACAAAAGACAGUGAUUUGGAUGGUGUUGAUCUUGGAGCAUUGGAAGUUGUUAGUAAUGAAGAUAACAGUGAACAAAAAAUAUCAUCAACAACAUUACCAUCAUCAUCAACAACAUUACCAACAAUAACAACAACAAAAACAACAACAAAAACAACAACAAAAACAACAAAUAUUGAUGAUAAAAAUGAAGAAAAAGUAAAAGAAAUUUUAUUAAAUGAAAAAAAUCAAAUUGAAUCAUCAACUCCAUUGGAAAUACUUUCAUUUGAAACAAAUGAUUCGAUUGAUGAUGAAUCUGGUGAUUUAAAUAUAUUCAGUACAGGAAUAAAAGAUGAUAUGGAAUUUAAAUGGAUCACAACUGAUUGGUCAAAAUGUUCACAACCUUGUGGUGGUGGUGGUUUUCAAAUGAGAGGUGCACAGUGUACGGUACGUUCAAUAAAAUCAAGUAUAAAUACAACACAAGUACCAUCAAGAACAGUCAUUGGUGCUUCACUUUGUGAGGAUGCUGGUUUUCCAAUGCCACAAAAAGUACGUCCUUGUGGUGCAAAUACAUGUCCACAAUGGUAUGCCAAAGAAUGGACUCCUUGUGAAUCAUCAAGAUGCUUUACAUGGAAAACUGCUAUGCAAAGACGAGAAAUAACUUGUCGUAUUGCUGAAGAAUUGGCGAAUGGAACAAUAAACAUGACAAUUGUUGAUUCAAAAAAAUGUGACGAUGAAAUAAAACCACCUCAAAAACAGGAAUGUCACAAUGAUGCAUGUAAAGGUGUCUGGAGAGUUGGUGAAUGGUCCAAGUGCACAGCAUCAUGUGAGGAUGGCAUUAAAUAUAGAAUACUACAGUGUGUAUGGUUUGGAACAAAAAAACCAGCUGGAAAUGUAUGUCGUGAUUUGCCGCGUCCAGUUGUGAUGAAACCUUGCAAAAAUGGACCUUGUCAUACAUCUGGAGAUCAAUGUACGGAUGAUUCACCACUUUGUCAUAAAGUUAAUGUCAUGAAUUUAUGCUCACUUUAUCAAAGACAAUGUUGUAAGUCUUGUCGUGAAGCUGGACAUGCAGCUUAAAAAUUUAAAUAAUAUAUUAUUACGCCAGAAUUAAAUGUGACCAAAAAUUUGACGGGGUUACUAUUAGAUAAAUAUAUAUUUAUUUCACGCACAUAUAAUUUUUGUUUUUUAAAUAAAAAAAAGAGAGGCAUAUACUGUAAAUUAUUAUUAUGAUUAAAUAUGUAUUUGUAUAAUGUGUACCUCGAGUUUGAAUAAAGCCACAAAGUAUUAAAUUACUUGAUCCUUGUGUUGAUAACUCUGCGAGAUUUAUUAAAUAAUUUCGAUUAAAUAUCACAGGAAGUUGUUAAAGUUCAAUGAAAUAUAAUAAAUAAUAUAUAUAUUUAAAUUAAUUAAUUAAUUUAAAUUGGGGGAAGGGUAAAUAUAAUGCUAGUUAUAUUAUGGAAAAAAAAAAAAGUAAAUCUAAAUAAAUUUAAUAAUCUAAUAAUUUUUAAAAAUAUUAAAUUAAAUUUUUCGAUGUCAAAGUAACGUGAAAAAUCGUACUAAAUAAAAAUACAAAAAAAAAAAUUAAAUAAAUUAAUACAAAGAUAAAUUAAUUAAUUAAUAUAAAUAAAAAAAAAAAAAAGAAAAUAAUAAAAAAUAAAAAUAUAAGAAUUUUUAAAUUUAACACAACAUCAUGUUUUGAAUUUUAGAUGAAAAAAAAAAAAAAGGAAAAAAAAUGAAUAAAUAAAAAAAUUAAUGUUUUUGUUACAUUUUUUAUAGCUAAAUAUCCUAUAAAUCAUUUAACCAUUGACUAUGUUCAUCCAGCACGUUGUAAAAUAAUUUAUCAAGACUGAAUUUUAACAAAAAAAAAAAAAAAAAAUGAAAAAUAAAAA